UCAUAGAGAGUUUAAACAAGAUCGAGAACACCAAGACAUUCACAGAGUUCGUCCAGUGCUUCAGCCAGUUUGGUAAAGAGAUGGUAGAGCUAGCUCACCUAACAGGGGAUCGACAAAACGAUCUUAAAGAUGGAAAGAUGAAAGCCAAGAUGGCAGCAGCUAGAGCUAUACUAGAAAGAUCUACCAUGAUGCUUCUUACAUCAUGCAAGACGUGCCUUAGACAUCCAGACUGUUCACCAGCAAAGGAGACACGGAAUGGUGUAUUUGUCAAUAUGCGUCAUGCUCUGGGUCUUAUCGAUGAGGUCAUCAAUGAUGGUUACACACAGCCUGUCCAGAAUGGCGUCACCCCAUCUAGAAAUACACAUAAUGCACUGCAAGAGUUACUGGAUCUUGUGGAGACGGCGAGGGUUACCCAGGCAGAUAAAUCCAGCCGAGAUAAGAUGCUGUAUGUGCUAGACACAGUCAUCGAUACAACGCAAGACUUUACAGACUCAGCAUACACAUCUCAUGAACACAGGGAACGGAUCCUAGCACUGCGGGACAGGGCUAGGACGGACCUCAGAAGCUUAGCUAAUGUUGGAACUGCAAUGGAAAAGAGAAUUUCCAAACAACAUGAGCAGGAACUAGAAGCCUACAUUACACAGAUGUGCAAGACACUGACAGACCUCAAGAAACAGCUCCAGAACACGGCGCUGGACCAAGCUUCCGAGAUCUUCCGCUCAAACGAUGAUCAGGACCUUCUUGCUAACCUUAAGGAGGCUGGCAGCUUGGGAGACCUAGAUAGGAUGGAGGAACACUCUGGGAAGUUCAGUGAACACUCGGAGCAACUCCAGGAGGCUAGUAGGUUACUGGGUCACAUAGCAGGUACAGCACCUCUGGCUAUAACUGCUGAUUACACAGAAAAUAACAUCAAAUGUCUAGGACCUCAAAUUGUUGCCCUGGCAACCACGCUAGCCAUCCACCCAAGUAGUAAGAUUGCUAAGGAGAGUCUAGAUGUGUUUUGUGAUACGUGGGAGAGUAACAUUAACGACUUGUCGCUUUUAGUCAAAGAGAUCAACGACUGCUGUCAGGGGAAAACAACUGAGAAACAAGUGUAUCUAUCGUUACCAAGGCCCGGGAAACACGGCUCAACACCUAAAUGUAUUAAGCCGGCAAAGCUGGACGCUGAGGAGCAAGCCAAGAUUGCCAAGCUGGGUCUCGAGAUGAAACUCAUGACCUCGGAGCUGGAUGCAGAGACAGAUAAAUGGAGUGAUCCAGAUAAUGACAUCAUUAAGAGAGCUAAGAACAUGUCUAGUAUGGCGUACUCCAUGUAUCUGUUCACCAGAGGAGAAGGAAUGCUCAAGACAACGCAAGAUCUCUUCAAACAGGCUGAGUAUUUUGGCGAGGAAGGCAUCAAAUUAUUUCGAUCUCUUAAGCAGUUUAGUGCCCAGGUACCCGAGUGCUCUUUAAGAACGGACCUUGCAUCGUUCAUUGACCAAAUCCCAUCGUACUGCCAGCAACUACUCUUCAUUACAAAAUCACCCACCAUGGGGAAAAUAGCUACAUUUAACAAGGUGGAUAACACGAUACAAGAAACGCAGAAUCUAUUAUCAACGAUAAGCGGCAUAGUCCCCGUCUGUUACGUUCUAGCAGCUAAGACCCCAACACCACAGACCUCUGAUUCGUAUGAUCCCUGGUGCUCACAAAUCCUUGUGGGCCCAACGAGAUCCACAACUUCUUCGUCUUGUCACGCGGCUGAGGACGGGGGCGACGUGAAAACGGACGCCUACAAUGCGGCGUACAGCGUCAUGUGAGUUCCACGUUCUGACCCCGACGUCACCAAUACACAAGUGGCGGUCGCCCCCUCCCGUUAUGGACUAUCG